UUCCGGUGUCGCUCUUGUCCAUCUUGUGUUUGGCUCGAACAAAACGCGGCUAAAACGCGUCCAUUCCGCCUCCAGAGCACAGGACCGCGCUUCCGAACCGGACCGGGGCUGUUCCGCGCAUCCUUCCUCCGGUACCGGGAGUUGUGAGGAGCGGAGCCGCGGUUAAACGGGAGCCACACCCAGAAAGAAGGCGAAUGUCCCCGUUAGCACCGCGGCUAAGUCAGGCUAACGCUGCCGCCGCCGAGCCCCUCUCCGAGCCCCUCUCCGCGCUCUGAAACCCGGGCUGUUCCGCGGGUUUGCACCGGGUUUGCACCGGGUUUGCACCGGGUUUGCACCGGGUUUGGACCGGGUUUGGACCGGGUCUGGUGUCUGGAGAGACGCAGCAGGAGCCCGGGGACAUGUGGACGCCGUGUGCGGACUGAGAGCUGCGGGAGGACCGGGGGAGGCGGUUCGGGACCAGUUAGCUCCGAAGCUAACUCUUGUUUUUUGGAUCCACAAUAAGCCGCGGCCCUGGCCAUGCCCUCGAGUGCACGCGCGGGGAGCCUGAAGGACCCUGAUGUGGCAGAGCUCUUCUGUAAAGAUGAUCCAGAGAAACUCUUCUCAGACCUCAGAGAGAUCGGCCACGGGAGCUUUGGAGCAGUGUACUUCGCUCGAGACGUGCGCAGCAAUGAGGUGGUGGCCAUUAAGAAGAUGUCGUUCAGCGGCAAACAGACCAACGAGAAAUGGCAAGACAUCAUUAAAGAGGUCAAGUUUCUACAGAAGCUGCGUCACCCAAACACCAUCGAGUAUCGGGGAUGCUACCUACGAGAGCACACCGCCUGGCUGGUGAUGGAGUACUGCCUGGGCUCGGCCUCGGACCUCCUGGAAGUCCACAAGAAGCCUCUACAGGAAGUCGAGAUCGCCGCCAUUACCCAUGGUGCGCUGCAGGGCCUGGCGUACCUGCACUCACACAACAUGAUCCACAGGGAUGUGAAGGCGGGGAACAUUCUCCUGACUGAACCGGGACAGGUGAAACUGGGCGACUUUGGCUCUGCCUCCAUCAUCGCUCCGGCCAACUCCUUUGUGGGCACCCCCUACUGGAUGGCUCCGGAGGUGAUCCUGGCCAUGGAUGAGGGACAGUACGAUGGCAAAGUGGACGUUUGGUCUCUGGGAAUCACCUCCAUUGAGCUCGCGGAGAGGAAGCCGCCACUUUUCAACAUGAACGCAAUGAGUGCCUUAUACCACAUCGCUCAGAAUGAGAGCCCCGUGCUACAGUCCAACCACUGGUCUGAUUCGUUCCGUAACUUCGUGGACUCGUGUCUCCAGAAGAUUCCACAGGACCGUCCUACCUCCGACGUGCUGCUCAACCACCGUUUCCUGUCCCGCGAGCGCCCGCAGACCGUGGUCAUGGACCUGAUCGCUCGGACCAAAGACGCCGUGCGAGAACUGGACAAUCUGCAGUACAGAAAAAUGAAGAAGAUUCUGUUCCAAGAAACACAGCAGAAUGGACCCGCGCAGGACGGAGGAGAAGAAGAGGAGGAGGUGGAGCCGUACCUGUUGCGCUCGGGCACAGUGAACUCUAUGGAGAGCUCCCAGUCCCUCCCCAGUAUGUCCAUCUCCGCCAGCUCACAGAGCAGCUCCGUGAACAGCCUCGCCGACGAUGCCAGCGACAGCGAUGGCGAGAUCGCCAUGAUGCAGGAGGGCGAGCACACGGUGGCCUCACACAGCUCCAUCAUACACCGGCCUCAGAACCAGGAUAACCUCUAUGAUGACCCAUACCAACCUGAGAUGGAGCAGCCCCAAGCGCCCUCUGGUGGCCGCCGCAGGGCCUACUACAGGAACAGGGACCACUUUGCCACCAUUAGGACCGCCUCCCUGGUGACACGUCAGAUCCAGGAGCACGAGCAGGGCUCGGCUCUCCGGGAGCAGAUGUCUGGAUACAAACGCAUGAGGAGACAGCACCAGAAACAGCUCCUGGGGCUGGAGAACAAACUGAAGGCAGAGAUGGACGAGCACCAACUCAAACUGGACAAAGAACUGGAGACUCAGAGGAACGGCUUCAGCUCUGAGGCCGACAAACUGCUCAAGAGGCACCAUGCCAUUCUGGACAAGGAGACCAAAGCUGCUCUGGCCGAGGAGAAAAAGUUCCAGCAGCACAUUCUGGGCCAACAGAAGAAAGAACUCACCAGUCUGAUAGAAAACCAGAAACGCCAGUACAGAGCCAGGAAGGAGCAGCUAAAGGAGGAGCUGAACGAGAACCAGUCAACGCCGAAGCGAGAGAAGCAGGAGUGGCUGAUGCGGCAGAAGGAAUGUCUGCAGCAGGUACAAGCCGAAGAGGAGACAAGUCUGCUGAGGCGACAGAGACAGUACUACGAACUACAGAGCCGACAAUACAAGAGGAAAAUGCUCCUAGCACGCCACAACCUGGAACAAGACCUGCUCCGAGAGGAGCUGAAUAAGAAGCAGACGCAGAAGGACCUUGAGAGGGCGAUGCUCCUCAGACAUCACGAGUCCACUCAGGAGCUGGAGUUCAGACAGUUAGCUUUGGUCCAGAGAACGAGAGCCGAGUUGAUACGAACACAGCACCAGACAGAACUGACCAAUCAGAUGGAAUACAACAAGAGACGAGAGCAGGAGCUGAGGCAGAAGCACAGUGUGGAGGUCCGCCAGCAGCCCAAGAGUCUCAAGUCUAAGGAGCUGCAGAUCAAACGUCAGUUCCAGGAGACAUGUAAGAUCCAGACACGUCAGUAUAAAGCUCUGAGGAACCACCUGCUGGAGAGCACUCCCAAAGCUGACCACAAGGCGGUGCUCAAACGCCUGAAGGAGGAGCAGACGCGGAAACUUGCCAUUCUCGCUGAACAGUACGACCACUCUGUCAACGACAUGCUGUCCACGCAGGCGGUCAGCAAGCUCCGUUUGGAUGAGACGCAGGAGGCGGAGUAUCAGGUCCUGAGGAUGCAGCUACAACAAGAACUCGAGCUGCUCAACGCUUAUCAGAGCAAGAUCAAGAUCCACACAGACUCCCAGCAUGAGAGAGAGGCCAAGGAGCUGGAGCAGAGAGUGUCUAUACGGAGAGCGCUACUGGAACAACGGAUCGAAGAGGAAAUGUUGUCUCUACAGAACGAGCGCUCUGAGAGGAUCCGCUCUCUGUUGGAGCGUCAGGCCCAUGAGAUUGAGGCGUUCGACUCUGAGAGCAUGAGGCUGGGCUUCAGUAACAUGGCUCUGGGCGGGAUCCCAGCGGAGGCCUAUACCCAGGGCUAUGCCUCCUCUGGUCCCGCACCCUCAGGCUCCGCUCCCUGGCCCCGUCCUGUCCCGCGCUCUGGCAGCCACUGGUCCCACAGCGUCUCCACCUCCUCUGCCCCCCCCGCCUGGAGGAACCACGGCUUCGCCCGUGCCGAGACUGUCAGCCACGGAUUUGGACAAGAGCAGAGGUAUACAGGGCAAGAGCAGAGGUAUACAGGGCAAGAGCAGAGACAGGAGCAGAGGUAUGCAGGGCAGGAGCAGAGACAGGAGCAACGAUACGGCGGGCAGGAGCAGAGGUAUGGCGGACAGGAGCGAUACGCGGGCGGGCAGGACCAGAGGUACGCUCAGCUCGAGAAGAUGGAGAAAUAUCGACAGAACACAGAGUACAGUGACCGAUACUCGCCCCAGGAGCUCAAGUACCGGGAUGACUUCAAGUACCGGGAUGACCUGAAGUACGGGCGUGAGUACCAGCGUGAGGAGAUCAAGUACCGCGAGGAGAUGAAAAGUAGAGCCUCCUCUUCUUCCUCCUCCUCUUCAUCUUCUCAACACCAGUACCAGUUCAGUCACCACCAGAGCACGCCGCAGCUGUACCACGAGCCGGAGGGCAGGGAGGGAAGGGAGGGAAGGGAGGGCAGGGAGGGCAGGGAGAGGGGGCGGGACUGGGUGUACGCCUCCUCGCACGGCUCCUCCUCCUCGGCAGCGGGGCCAGGAGGAGGAUACAGUCGGGCGCACGCUCUGAGGAACAGCCCCACGCCGUUACGCAGGACGGCCUCUGGGGGGCAGAGCAGCGAAGGGGGGCUGAGCAGGAGCACGUCGGUGACAUCACACAUGUCCAACGGGUCGCACCUGUCGUACACCUGAAACACCUGCUCCAAGAGGUUCAGACAGAGACCAGAGGAGAGGCAUUCACAGAACCAGGGACUGGACCAGGGACUGGACCAGGGACUGGACCAGGGACUGGACCUUCUAAGAAGUACAGGCAAACUGCUCUGUUCUGUGAAUGCUACACUCUUCACUCUGUCUGAAAACCUCAAAUCUCCUUCUAAAUAAGUUUAAUUUUAGAUUUUUGAAGUUAUUUUUUCCAUAGAGAAAAAUCACAGCUGAAUAGCCGUUCCGCUUCGCUCCUGACCCCCCCGCCCCCCUCCCUUGACCUCUGCCCUGCUCCUGACUUCUGACCCGCUCCUGAUCUGACAAAAUGCUUUUUGUUUCAAUAUUUCAAUUUACAUUCUAAACACUUGUAUUCUUCUAAACUUCCGUGAGAUUGUAAAGUUAGAGCUGUUCCACUUGGGCUGGUUUACAGAUUUAUUUGUUUUUAUUCUGAAGUCACUGCGCACCAGUUGAAGCCUGAGGUCAAACUGUAAAUACUCUGUACAUAAAACCAUUUCAAAGUAAGAUUUUAACUAAAUAAAUGUAGAAUUUUGUUUUUUAGUGAUAAGGUUCUGUAUAAACACUGCCAUAGAGACGAUGAGUUGGAGACGGACAGAUCCAGAACGCAGACAGAUAUUUUAAAUCUAUUUACAUUUCAUUUGUUUUACUGAACAAGUUUCUAUAAAAGUUUUACAUUUCUGAAGCAGCCAGUGUUUGUAAACCACUGGUGUUUCGGUGCGUUCAGACCGUGGCGUCCGGGGCGUUGGGUGUCUAUGGAGGGUUCGUCUAGCGUUAAUGCCGGUUGCUUUUGGAGGUCGGAAGCUGGGACUUGGAAUGACAUCAUCUCUGAGUUAAACAUUGGAUGCACGUCAAUCAAGUAUAAAAAGUCCAGUGAAUCUCUGCUUUUAUUGACAUUAGCUCCGUUUACACAUUAGCUACAUUAGCAUAACAGGGUUUUUAAUCUUCACCAAACGCAGGGCGCCCCCAUAUUGGAUUUUUGAACUCGGGCUCUGAAAUAUUGCCCCACUGUCAAAGUAGAAAUUUCGAGAGGAACGUUCCAGUGUUAUGUCCAAGUCAUAACUCGGAAAAUCUGACCUCUGAGGACGACUGGAACUUACCAUUAGUGUUCACAGCCCAGAGCUGAGAAUCAAAACUUUUGACAAAAUUUGGGGAGCAUGGACGAUUGGACGAAAUGUCUUGCCUCAAAUGUUAAGGCUCCAAUUAGAGGCGUUUGGUGACAUUUCUGCGCUGCGGUCUGAACGAUAUCGUGUCCUCGGGAGAGAUGGAACCGGUCUGAACAUUCUGCCAUUGUGUUAUUGGGCAAAACACUUUAAUCAUUUACCACAUAGAAGACAAUGUGGGAUGUAUUGUGAUUGGAGAUGCCAUUGGGGCAGAACAGCAGCCAUGUUUCCCUCAACAAAUCAGUGACUCUGAAAUCACAAAACCGAGUCCUCCUUUUCAAAAUGCUCUUAAAAACAUCAAAAUAACCACAUUUCCAAAUCAGUAUUAAAUUAUUUUUUUAUGUUUUUAAUGUUGUAUUUUUGGCUCUUCCUGUUGCGUUCUGGAGCCGUUCACUGAUUGGUCGCUGGAGUGGAGUGGGCGGGACGUGUACAGACUUUAAAUAUUUAUGUAAAAAUGUACGAAGAAAAUGUGUAAACAAAAAAAAAACGCCAUCUGGAGGUUUGCAGAAGCACUGACUGUAAAACGCCAUUAUUAUUCUGAAAAUUAGUCACGUGACCUGCGUCGUCCAAUAGGAAGCCGGUAUUACUACUACUGCAGAUUAGUGUUCAUUUGUGAGAAGUGGAGAAAGACGAC